AUGCUCGCCUCGACACGGGUCGCCUCGAUGAGGCAGCUGGCCCGCUUCCCCUCGGCCGCCGCACCCGCCCGCCACCUCUCCUCCACCGCCGCAGCCUACGCUUCCACCUCGGCAUCGACCUCGACCUCGCCAGCACCAUGCCUGCGCACCAGCACACCAGCAUCGAGACCAGCGCGGACAGCAACGACGACGACGACACAGGCGCUGCGCCGCGGUCGCGCCUCUCUCCUCACCGAGCAGCAGCAGCAGCAGCAGCAGCAGAGGCUCCACUCGCGCCGCUCGUUUGCCACCUCGGCGCUGGCCUCGGCCACGGCGCCGCCACCCCACGACGCCGCCGCCCAGGCCGCCCACGACGGCUCAAAGUCGCCCAUGGCGCCCCUCACCGACGCCGACCGCGCCCGCCUGGUCCGCCAGCGCAACGUCGGCAUCUCGGCCCACAUCGACAGCGGAAAGACGACCCUCACCGAGCGCGUCCUCUUCUACACCGGCCGCAUCAAGGACAUCCACGAGGUGCGCGGCCGCGACUCGGUCGGCGCAAAGAUGGACCACAUGGAGCUCGAGCGCGAAAAGGGCAUCACCAUCCAGUCGGCCGCCACCUACUGCUCCUGGAAGGCCACCCCGCCCACCGAGACCAGCACCCUGGUCGGCGACGCCGCCGACGCCGCCAACACCGACGUCCAGAGCAAGAAGGAGGACUUCCACAUCAACAUCAUCGACACGCCCGGACACGUCGACUUCACCAUCGAGGUCGAGCGCGCCCUCCGCGUCCUCGACGGCGCCGUCCUGGUCCUCUGCGCCGUGUCGGGCGUCCAGUCGCAGACCAUCACCGUCGACCGCCAGAUGCGCCGCUACUCGGUGCCCCGCCUCAGCUUCAUCAACAAGAUGGACCGCGCCGGCGCCAACCCGUGGCGCGUCAUCCAACAGAUCCGCACCAAGCUCAAGAUGCCCGCCGCCGCCGUCCAGCUGCCCAUGGGCGCCGAGGACGACUUUGAGGGCGUCAUCGACCUGGUCCGCUGGAAGGCCGUCUACAACCGCGGCCACAAGGGCAUCGAGGUGGUCGAGUCCGACGACAUCCCCGCAGCCUACCUCGAGCAGGCCAAGCAGAAGCGCGCCGAGCUCAUCGAGCAGCUCGCCGAGGUCGACGACGAGAUGACGGAAAUCUUCCUCGAGGAGCGCGAGCCCACCCUCGACGAGCUGGCCGCCGCCAUCCGCCGCGCCACCAUCGCCUGCCAGUUCUCGCCCGUCUUUAUGGGCUCGGCCAUCAAGAACAAGAGCGUCCAGGCGCUCCUCGACGGCGUCUGCGCCUACCUGCCCAACCCGGCCGAGCGCAACGCCGCUCCCCCCUCGCUGCCGCUGUCGCCCGCGUCGGACGCGCCGCUGGUCGGGCUGGCGUUUAAGCUCGAGGAGGGCAAGUACGGCCAGCUGACCUACAUGCGCGUCUACCAGGGCACGCUGCGCCGCGGCAACCUCAUCUUCAACGCGCGCACGGGCAAAAAGGUCAAGGUGCCGCGCCUGGUGCGCAUGCACUCGAACGACAUGGAGGACGUCGACGAGAUCGGGGCGGGCGAGAUCUGCGCCAUGUUUGGCGUCGAGUGCUCGUCGGGCGACACCUUCACCGACGGCACGACGCAGCUGAGCAUGACGUCGAUGUUUGUGCCCGAGCCCGUCAUCUCGCUCGCCAUCACGCCCGAGGGCAAGGAGUCGUCGCAGAACUUUUCGCGCGCCCUCAACCGCUUCCAGAAGGAGGACCCGACGUUCCGGGUGCACGUCGACAAGGAGUCAAACGAGACCAUCAUCUCGGGCAUGGGCGAGCUCCACCUCGAGAUCUACGUCGAGCGGAUGCGGCGCGAGUACAACGUGCCGUGCACGACGGGCAAGCCGCGCGUCGCCUUCCGCGAGACGAUCACGCAGCCGGCCAAGUUUGCCUACACGCACAAGAAGCAGACGGGCGGCGCGGGCCAGUUUGGCCGCGUCAUGGGCUACAUUGAGCCGAUGGAGGUGGAUCCGGAGACGGGCUCGGACGUGGCGUUCGACAACCGCGUCGUCGGCGGCUCGAUCCCCAACGGCUACUUCCCGGCGUGCGAAAAGGGCUUCCACGACGCGCUCGAAAAGGGCGCGCUGUCGGGCCACCAGGUGACGGGCGUGCGCUUCGUGCUCGAGGACGGCGCGGCGCACUCGGUCGACUCGUCGGAGCUGGCCUUCCGCCUGGCGACGGCGGGCGCGUUCCGCGAGGCGUACGCCAAGGCGGCGCCCGUCAUCCUCGAGCCCAAGAUGACGGUCGAGGUGGUGGCGCCCACCGAGUUCCAGGGCGCCGUGAUUGGCGCGCUCAACCAGCGCAAGGGCACCAUCAGCGACACCGAGGUGCGCGAGGACGAAUUCACCCUGACGGCCGAGGUGUCGCUCAACGACAUGUUUGGCUACUCGUCGCAGCUGCGCGGCCUCACCCAGGGCAAGGGCGAGUUCAGCAUGGAGUACAAGUGCCACGUCCCCGUCAUGAUGAACGUGCAGAAGGAGAUGAACGAGGCAUACAAGAAGAGGAGCAAGUAG